AUGGGCUUCCAAGAAUCUGCCCCAUUCGGUGCCGACACAGCAGGAAACAUCUUCAAUACAUUCAUAUCCACCGAUAGUGAGCCGGUUCCCAGUGCCAGUCAGCUCUCCGAGGCCGUCAUCAGUCAUGAUGAGAGUGAAAUUAGUUCCUCCCUUCCUCCACCGUGUCCCCUAUCAGACACGCCCCAGGUUCCCAUUGCCAUAGUCGGGAUGGGCUGCAGGCUACCGGGUGGCAACUCUAGCCCGUCCAAGCUGUGGGACUUUCUCUGUAGCUCAAAAUCGUCGUGGACGCCAAAAGCACCCCGAGAUCGCUUCAAUUGGGAUGCUUUCACGCAUCCCACGGACCCAGACUUCGACGGCACAUUCCAGAUCGCCGGUGGCCACUCCCACGGCGAGGAUGUCGAUCUGUCGCGAUUUGACUCGGCGUUCUUUGGCCUGCCGCUGAGCGAGGCGAGAAUUCUGGAUCCACAACAGCGGCUGCUCCUUGAGGUUAGCUAUGAGUGUCUGGAGAACGGAGGCAUCCCGAUGGAGGCCAUAGCUGGUCGCAAGAUCGGUUGUUUUGUGGCGUUUUCCAUGGGCGAAUAUGGUAAGCUCUGGGAUAAAGAUCUAGAGUAUCACCAGAACUACCACGCUGUCGGCACGGGCGAGGCCAUCUACGCCAACCGUAUCUCGCACGUGUAUGACCUCGCCGGGCCCAGCAUGGCCUUUGACACAGGCUGCUCGGGCUCUAUGGUAGGCCUCGAUAUAGCAUGCCGCUACCUAUCUGCUGGCCUCAUUGAGGGCUGCUUCGUGGGAGGCACUAACCUGACACUGAUUCCCGAGGUACUAGGCCGGAAACCUAGACUUCUCUCCAAGAGCGGGCAGUGCCACACCUUUGACAGCCUGGCAGAUGGAUUUUCGAGAGCCGACGCGACCAGUGUCGUGUACCUCAAGAGGCUGGAUGACGCAGUGAGGGAUGGUGAUCCCAUCCGUGCUGUGGUGAGGGGCACCUCGAAUGGUUUUGAUGGCAGGACGCCUGGUAUACUCAUGCCCAGCAAGGAGGCACAGGUUGCCAACAUGCUGCAGGCGUAUGCAAAUGCCGGCAUCAGCCGUGAAGAGUUUGGUCAGACAGCGUAUUUCGAGUGCCAUGGCACCGGCACGCCAACAGGCGACCCGAUUGAGGUUGAUGCGAUUGGGAAAGUGUUUGCAAAACACAAGUCGGUGGAUGUCCCACUAUUGAUAGGAAGCGCGAAGACGAACCUAGGGCAUUCCGAGGCCGCAAGCGCGUUGACUCACAUUAUCAAGACGUCUCUCAUCCUAGAUUCUGGCGUGAUCCCGCCCACAAUUGGCAUUCAAAAAUUCAAUCCAGCCAUUGACUUCCACAAUGGUAGAAUCAAGGUGGUGCAAGAGCUUAUGCCGCUGCCAGAGAAGACGCGGAAGAGGAUCAGUAUACAGGCUUUUGGGUAUGGUGGUGCUAAUUCCCACACAAUCUUGGAGUCAGCUGAAGACUACCUCACACAGCAACAACAGGAGACGUGUACCUACAAGUACUCAACGGGUCGCCUCGCCCAGUUGCACGGCUCGAGUGAGGAAGAAAGCCAGGACGCUGCCAGCCGUCCGUACCUGAUGCUCCUAUCAGCCAACGACGCUCACUCGCUGGCUGAGAACGCGCAGUCGCUGCAGAAGCACGUCAAAGAUGCAUCUCAGAUCUCCCGUCUAGAUCUUUCAUACACACUGGGCGUCCGGCGAUCAAAGCUGUUUCACCGCGGCUUCUCAAUCCUCUCUGCUGGCGCGCCGCUCGAGUCGGCCUUCUCCCAGGAUUCGCUGAGCUCUGCAAAGCGCGAGCACAUGGAGCCGCCGCGCGUCGGCUUUAUAUUCACCGGGCAGGGUGCGCAGCGGCCUGGCAUGGGUGCCACGCUCAUACGAGACUUUCCAUCGGUCCGGGCCACGCUUGGCCGGCUAGACACGUACCUCGCCGCGCUGCCGCCGCAGAACCGGCCGGACUGGACCUUUGCGUCGGAGCUCGUUAAGCCCGAAGGGGAGACCAGGAUCCACGACCCGCGGUUCGCCCAGCCGCUGACAUGCGCCGUCCAGAUCGCGGUGGUCAACCUCCUCAACCAAUGGGGUGUCAAGCCCGACGCCGGCGUUGUGGGACAUAGCUCCGGAGAGAUCCCGGCCGCGUAUGCUGCCGGUAUGCUCAGCGAGAGGCAAGCCAUCACGGUGGCUUACUUCAGAGGUUUCAGCAUCACAUCCACGCUUGAGAAGAACGACACUCUGUGGGCUGAUGCGGGCAUGUUAGCAGUCGGAUUGGGUAGUGAAGAGGCAUUGAAAAGGGUCAAGCAGCUUGAGAGCCAGUCCUCUUCCCCAAGGGAUCUGGUGGUAGCAUGCGAUAAUAGCCCCGAUAGUGUGACCAUUUCAGGUGCCACAUCUGGCCUGGAUGCGCUAGCGACAAAGCUCGUGGCCGAGGGCACCUUCGCGCGAAAGUUGAAGGUUCCCAAGGCAUAUCACAACCCGCAUUACAUGGGGCGGUACAGUCACAUUUUCAAGGACGCUCUGGAAGCAUCUGGAACCUUUUCACCGAAGGGACAGACACAUGCAGAGACGGCUCCAAUGUACUCCUCCACUAUGAGAGGAGUCAAGGUCCAUGGAUCUGAUGUGCGGGACCCGGAGUACUGGCGACGCAAUAUGGAAGGCACCGUUCUCUUCAAUGAUGCCCUGACUGCCAUGCUCUCCAAGCCCCAGCACGCGAGCACGCGUCCACAGGUGUUAAUCGAAAUUGGACCAUCGUCAACACUAAAGGGCCCUGUCCGCCAGAUCCUCACCUCUUUUACUAGCUCGGGCACGCUGAAGCCUGAGGAGGUGCCACGGUACAUUCCGACACUGAUAGGGGGGUCCGAUGCGUCUGAAGAUGUGCUCAAGACAGCCGGAAACCUGUUCACGCUCGGUUUCCCGGUGGACAUGGCCAAGGUCAAUGCCCUAGAGACAAUAUCUCCCACCGGCUCUGUCACCCACACCCACGGCCGGAUGAUUGUCGAUCUUCCCAACUACGCGUGGAACAAGAGCCGUGCAUUGUGGCAUGAGCCUCGGGCAUCAAGGAACCAUCGGUUCAAACAAUUCCGUCGGCACGAAAUUCUCGGGUCACGCGUCCCAGACGAUAACCCGCUCGUGCCGACUUGGCGCAACUUCCUCAGCCUUUCAAACACCAAGUGGCUGGCGGACCACAAAUUAAACGACGACGUCGUCUUUCCAGCCGCCGGUUAUAUAGCUAUGGCUAUCGAGGCUGUGCGCCAGAUCUCGUCCACCGCCCCACAGGGCAACGAGGCAACCGCGUUCGAGCUGAGAAACAUCCACAUCAAGAGCGCGCUGGUCCUGAACGCUGCCGCUAAUGCUGAGGGUGGCGUAUACACCUUCCUCACCCUGACGAGGGCCAGCAGCGAAUCCAAGUGGUACUCAUUUAGUAUCUGCAGCCAGCAGCCAGCGCCCGGCGACCGGAGGCCCGGUCCCCUCUCAAAGGAAGAGUCCAAGACGGACGUCCACUGCUACGGAGAAAUCGCCGGCGUACCGCGCCGUGGCGCAGAACCAUCGCCCGAUCCGGAUAUUGCCAGGAUUCGCCGGGAGAGCGGCGGCUGGACUGGAAGCCAGGCGUCGACGCGCGUGUGGUACCGCAACUUUUCGCGUAUCGGCUAUAACUAUACGAACUCCUUCCAGGUACUCUCGUCGCUGCGGGCGCCCGCCGUAGAGAGCCAGGCCUGGGAUACGAGACCUUCCGCGGAGGCGGUCAUCGCGCUGCCAGCAGCCGAGACGCUCAGAUCGCACUAUGCCCCUGGCGGGUUGCAUAACCUGGCCGUGCCGACCAAGAUCGAUGGGCUCUACGUGGCCGCGCCAGAGCCGGAGUCUGCCAACCUUCGUUGCUCCUCGUACAUCAUUCCGGAGGUACAGGACAGCGAAGCCUCCAAGGACGGGAUCCUGGGCUCGGCCGAAGCUGUCGACGAGCGCACAGGGCAACUGGUAAUCGCUCUAGACAAGCUCGCCUGUACCAACAUCAAUCAGGGCCAGGACGGACGUGGCGACUUCACGGAGGUGCACAAAGUUGUGUGGAAGCCUGACGUUAGCUCCUUAGGUCAACUCGAGAUCGGCGCGGAGGAUGGACCGUUCAUGGAUGUGGUCUUCGACCUGCUCGCCCACCAAAAUCCAUCCGCGAAGUGGUUAGAGAUUGGCGACGCUGGUGGACUCGUCACUUCUGAGGCUCUCAAGACUCUUGCUCCUAAAGACGGCUUUCCUCGUUUGAACUCUUACACGCUGUCGGGACAUCAUGAUAACAGCCUAGGCCCUGAGCUUGAAGAGACAUUUCAGAAAGAGUUUCCAGCGGCCAAUGUCUCCUACAAGACUCUGAAUUUGGAUGAUAUGCACUCUGCCGAGCCCGAGUAUGAUCUGGUAGUCGCUCAAGAUGUGUCAUUUAGGGAAGGGGAACGAGACUGGAUUCAGGGAGCUAUAACAGUGCUCAAGCCCAAUGGCCGGUUGGUUCUUCUCCUUGAGAAACUUGGAGAAGCUGAAUUAUCAUCUUUGCCAUUCGGGCUGUCACGAGCGGAUUCCGGUCUUGUCCUUGAGGCAGACAUAAGCACCAAGAGCUUUCUAGACGGCGAGACCCAAAAGAAGUUCUCUCGUGUGCUAGUUCUGAAAUCAGUUGAGGAGUCACUGAACAAGCCACUCGAUGAAGACAAUCUAUCAAGCCCAGUGACCAUCCAGUGCGCGGAUGCCAUCCUGUUCCUGGGUGGGCUAUUCAACGCUGAACUUUUGGCGAGCAUUUCCGAGGACACAAGGGCGAUUAUCAAGUCGCUAAUUUCCGAGGGAACUGAAAAGUCGAAGCCAGUCAUCUGGCUUACUCAGGGCAGCCAGAUGGAUGCGAAGGGGGACUCUCGAGUCGCGAAUCGGGUCGGCGGUGCAAUGGCUGCUGGGCUAUCCCGCACACUGGCCAAAGAAGAGCCCGACCUGGCGCUGCUGACCGUUGAUCUCGAUGGAAUCCAUGGAUCGGACGAGCGCGAGUUUGCGAUCCGCGACGGCGUUGUGUACGUCAACCGCAUCGUGCCAGACCUCGGCACCUUUGAUGAGCUCCAUCCAGUGCCGCUGAAGCAGGGUCAAGAUCAGGACGGCCUCCAACUUCAGCAUGAGAACCAAGACAAGCAAGACGAGUGGAAGCUCCAGAUCCGUCAGGUGGGCCUCUUGCAGACCCUCUCGUUCGCGCAGGUCCCGCCGGUGGAGCUAUCCCAGCCGCUCGACCCCAGCGAGGUUGAGGUGUCGAUGCGGGCAGUAGGCGUGAACUUCAAGGACGUUGCCAUCUGCAUGGGCAUUCUGCCGCACAAGAACUUUGGGCUCGAGUUCGCGGGCGUCGUGACCCGUGUCGGCGCCGCAGUCUCGCACCUGCGUCCCGGGCAGCGCGUGGGUGGCCUGCCCAGUCUGCACCACGGCGCGUACCGCAGCCUUAUCCGCGCGCCAGGCUGGUUGUGCUUUGAGAUCCCUGAUGCCAUGUCUUUUGAGGAGGCUGCGACAAUGCCGUGUGUAUACUUCACCGUGAUCCAUUCACUCAUCCAAAAAGCCAACAUGAGACGGGGACAGAGCAUUCUGAUCCACUCAGGAGCAGGCGGGGUAGGCCUGGCAGCGAUCCAGGUGGCACGUCACCUAGGCGCAGGCGAGAUAUACGUGACGUGCGGCAGCGAGGAGAAGCGGCGCCACCUUGUAGAGGUGGAGGGCGUGGCGCCAGGCAACAUCUUCAGCUCGCGCAGCGACGACUUCGUACGCGGGGUGGCACGGGCGACGGGCGGCAGGGGCGUGGACGUGGUGCUCAACUCGCUGUCGGGCGACCUGCUCGACGCCAGCUGGGGAUGUGUGGCCGAGGGAGGGUGCGUGGUGGACGUCAGCCGCGUCGACUUCCUGCGGCGGAACCGGCUGCACAUGCGCCCCUUCUGCCGCAGCACCAGCUUCCACGGCGUCGACGCCAGCCAGGUCAUGACGCAUGAGGUCGUUGCCGGUGAGGUCAUGCGCAUUUUGGCUGAGCUUGCCGCGGCGGGUCGAGUCCGCCCCAUCAGCCCCAUGCAGACGUUUGGGCUUGAUGAGGUCGAGGCUGCGUUCCGGCUGAUGCAGAGCGGCAGGAGCAUGGGCAAGCUGGUUGUCUCGAGGCAGGCCGGUGAUGGUUGUGCUCAGGGAGUGGACAGGAUGGACGCUAAGAUACACGUCCAGCCCUCUCGGAAGGGAGACCUCCUCACACUGCCAGCAGAAGCGACGUACGUCCUCAUCGGUUGCCUCGGCGGAAUCGGACGCAGCAUCACGAGAAGUAUGUUCGAUCGCGGGGCGCGCAGCUUCGUCAUGUUAUCGCCCAGCGGCGACGACAGGCCGGCAGCGAAGGAGUUAGUGGCCUUUCUCCGACGGAACGACGCUGAGGUCACUGUCGUCAGGGGAGACGUGGGCCGCAUGGAAGACGUGAGCGCAGCAAUGGCGGCGGCGCCGCGGGGGCGACCGGUACGCGGAAUUGUGCACUCAGCCAUGGUCCUGCGCGACGCACCGUUCGCCGGCUCGACCCCGGCCGACUUCAACGCGGUGGCUGGGCCCAAGGUUCACGGGGCACACAACCUGCACAUCGCGUCGCUGGGGCUGGCGGACCCACGCACGGUGGACUUCUUCGUGAUGCUGUCGUCCGUCUCGGGUGUGGCUGGCAAUUUUGGCCAGACGGCCUACGCUGCCGCCAAUUCGUACCUCGACGCCCUCGCCGCGCAUCGGCACGGGCUAGGCCUGGCCGGGACAGCCCUGGAUCUGGGCUUCGUUGAGGACGUCGGCUGGGCGACGGAGAAUGAGGAACUGAACGAGCGCAUGGCUGCGAUGGGUGUGUUGGCGGUGCAGGUCAAGGAGGCCGAGCUGCUGGCCCUGGUGGAGCUAGAGAUGAAGAGGUCGAGCGACAGGCAGGCUGCUGCUUCUGCUGCCGCGACUGCUGGCGCAAAUACUGGUGCUGGUGUGGACAAUAAGCAACGAGGACGACGGCGUCUGACGCUGAGCUUCGAGUGCCCUGCCCAGAGAAUCUUCGGCCUCACUUCGACCAAUUCCACCCCAUCGAAGUCCUAUGCCGUACCACGACUGCGAGCCCUCCUCAACAGUGGCAGCGGGUCUGGUUCGUCAUCGGCGUCCUUGUCACAGUCGGGCCCAGCUGCUGCGCUCUUGCAGCACCUCAAGUCCAGCGGCAAGGGCAAGGACAGUGGAGCCUCGCUGGCGGCUGUUAUGCCGCUGGCCCAGGAGGCGCUCCUCCACAAAAUGUCCGAGUUCCUUCUUGUCCCGGUGGAUGAGAUUGAUGCAGGCCGCAGCCCGGAGAGCGUUGGCGUGGACUCUCUGGUGGCCGUCGAGCUGCGUACCUGGCUGAGGGACUCUCUUGGUGUUGCCGCCAGCACCAUGGACAUUCUCAAGGCGGCGAGUUUCAGGAGCCUGGCAGAGACAGUUGCGAAGAGGCUGGUGGACAAAGAGAAGGAGAAGAAGGGUUGA